ACGCUUCAAACCUUACUUGAGGUUUCGUUUGCUUUCCCGAUUCUAUAAUCAGUUUUAUUUAUUUUGUUUUUAUCAAAUAUUUUAUCGUCUGUUGCUGGUUAUGGAGUCAAAAUAAACUUAUACUAAACUAAGUAGUCGUGGAUUGGCUUGGCAAAAAGGACAACCAGAAUUAGGUUGUAUCGUGUAUAGGCUACUAUGUUAUUUAAAUUGUUGUUUUUACUGAACAUUUAGUGCUUCAGACAAUUCAGUGUGAAUAAACUUUGUUACUGUUAUCAGACAAACAUUAAGGCAACAAUAUGGCAAUUCCUGGUACACCUUCCAUGGAUCAGAUUUAUGACUGCCCUGCUAAAACAGUUCUUAUAUGUGUGGAUGGUAGCUCAAAUGCACUAGAGGCUUUCCAAUACUUCACCAACAAUUUCAGACAAUCUGACAGUAAUGUUAUAAUAUUUCAUGCUUCUGACCAAGUCAAAAUACCUGCUUUUGUCCCUGGUGGAGGGGUAGGGUUCAUGCCCGAAAGCUUAAUGGCUGCAUAUGAUGAAAUUGAGCUGCACAAUAAAAGAUUGAAAGAGAAGUAUGAAAAAUUAUGUAGCGACAUAGGGCUCAACCACCAAGUUAUAAUUGACGAAGAUAUAAAGAAAGGACCAGGGGCUGCUAUCAUAAAUGCAGCCAAGAAAAAUAAUGCCAAAUUGAUUGUUAUUGGUACCAGAGGCUUAGGUACAAUAAGACGAACAAUUCUGGGAUCUGUCAGUCACUAUGUGCUUCACCACAGUUCUGUACCAGUCUUGAUAUGUCCAAGUGGCUAGCUGUGCAGUUUAAUCUAGCCUUUCUGACUAUAUAUUCUAAAAUUCGUAAAGCUAUCAAUAUAUGUAACUUAGUACAUGUAAAGUUACUAAAUCUCUAUAAGAAUUGUUGAAGAUUACUGAUAACAUUUUUGUUACGCACUUUAUCAUCACAAAUGGGUACUGAGUCUAUUUUUUAAAAUAUAUACCUCACCAGAAAAAUCAAAAUUUAUGUUGCUAUUUUACUUUAAUCUGCUGCUCUUUUUCAGCAGUCCAUGAACACUGCUAUACCCAGUGCAUAUCAUGAUCUACUGUUUGUUUCAUACUUCUUCACUACUUUAUUAUUUAACUCCCCUUAGAUGUAGAGCAAAGCAAAAUACUGUUGCAUGUUUUUCUCAAUAAAUUUUUACUCUAUUGUUGAAGUUGAGUGGAAGUAGUUUACGG